UUCCCCAAGACCACAAACAAGACGAGGAAGCGGCUUUCGGGAGGAUCCUCGACGCGGCGGCGGCAGCGGUCGGCCAGCGGGCGCGGUCGAACCCAUCCGUCCAUCAUCGGUUGUGGUGGUGUGCUGGACACGACGCCGUCAUCUUGUCUUGAGAGAUAGCCUCGCUGCGGUUACAAGGCCUUUGCGUUUUCAAAGCACGAUCGAUCGGGACCUCAGCGUGCACAGAACCUGGCUCCAAUCCCCGAGAGUGUUCUCUUGCCGCAAGCAGCAGGAAUAUCCUCGAAUAACCAGCAGAAAGCAGCAACCCCGAGAAGGGUGAGAAUACACACUCGAGAUAGAGCGAGAUGUCCAUCAGUGGGGAUUCGUGGCACAAGGUGUCCUCCGAAACUCCAGAAGACAACACCAACAAGAGUGACCCUGCGCCACCCCAGCAGCAGCAGCAGCGGCAGCAGGAGCAGCAGCACCAGCAGCCGCGGCAGCCGCGGCUUAUAAUUUCGGACUCGAACGUGGAGGAAGGUAGCGCGGGAGCUUUGCUGCGGCUCCGCGGUGGUCUGACCCUCCUGUUCGUGGUGGUUGUGUGGGUCAUCGGGGCACUUGCGCCCCUGGUUGCAUGCGCCUUGAUCUGGGUCGGCAGCCGCACGGCGUACACUGUGCUGGCUGGUCUGGUCGCAGCCGGUGUCUUCCCCUACGUGGCCAAGGGUAGCGGCAGCAAAGAGAACGGCGACGUCGGCUGGACGGAGUUCCGGCACGCGAUCCCCCGGUGGUCGCAGUACUGGCACAAGUCGUGCGGCCGCGUGUACGAGAAGGAGGGGCCUGAAUCGUGGGACAACAUGCCCCCGACGGUAUUCUGCUACCACCCUCACGGAGUCUUCACACAGGGAUACAUCAUCAACGGGAGCAUGAACCAGGAGCUGCCUAAGAUCCUCGGUCUUCUCGCCACCGCCCUGUACCAUGCCCCGCUCUUUCGGCUGGUGUUUGGGAGGUGGGCGGGGUCUUGUGCACCGUCAUCCAAGGAGGUUUUCCUGGACCAGAUGAAGAAGGGUCUCUCGUUCGGCAUCAUCCCAGGGGGAUUCCAGGAGGCCACGCUGUCUAAGCUAGGAGAGGACCGCGUGUGGAUGAAGAAUCGCAAGGGAUUGGUUAAGUACGCGCUCCAGUCUGGUUACCGGCUUCGACCUUGCUUCACGUUUGGAGAGUCUGACACCUAUUGGAACGCCCAGGGCAUGUGGAAACUGCGACUAUGGAUGGCAGCCAAGAACCUUCCCGGCGUGUGCCCAUGGGGGACGUGGUGGUGCCCCCUAUUGCCCCGGCGAGUGAAGUUGAUGACGGUGUUCGGCGAGCCUCUCGCCUUGCCUAAGAUCGAACAACCAUCGCCUGAAGACGUGGACAAAUGGCACGCUGCCUACGUCGAGGAGUUGAAAGCGCUGCACGGCCGCCACAAGGCGAAGUAUGCCUCCAACCCACAACUGGAGUUGAAGGUGUUGUAGGGUUAUUGUUCGGCGAUCGAAGGGGGUGAUGAUGUGUGCCCUCCCCUUUUUUCCCGUUUCCUUUGGUUUGCUUUGUAUGUCGUUGUUUGUGACAAUGUUUGCGGUAGUUAGCUAACGUUAGUGUGAAAAGGGGUAUUAGAUGUUGCUGUUCGAGUUGAGUAGUCAACUAUGGACGUCGCCCAGUACCGGUAGUUUCUUCUAAUGUCGAUACGUGGUGUCUUGUCUUAUUCGUCUCGGUGUUUCGCUAUUGUACUAGAGACGAUUCACGGACGAUAGGAAAUUAAGACUUGUGAUUGUGACUGUGACACACGGGGAGCACGACACUAUACUUUUUCACUCCCUUGCACGUGCCAUUCACGGCACCUUACGUGUUUGCGUACCACGAUUCAUUCUUCUUGUUGCACCUGUCAUUGUGAGGUUUAGGUUUCGGAAGGGGGUACUGCUGUUGUUGAUGUUCCACACUGAGCAUUCCAGCACACCGCGCGUUCGUUUGCGUUUUCUCUUUCAAUCGCGUGCGGAAGUGCCCGGGGUUCGAGUCGUAAGACGCGCCGGCAUUGCUGGUAAUUGACGCGUGAAAAUCGGCUAGUGCUUGCAGGAACAGCGAGCGCGCUCACGCUGUGGGCUGAAGAGCAACGGCGGAGGAUGCAACGAGGCACGCAAUCGACACCGUAGAGUGGUUGUAAUUUUUUUUUUUUUUGAUAGAAACAGAAGGUCUAGUGUAUUUGGUAGACCAGCCUAAGGUGUUUGUUUUCUUUCUGCGAGCGGACAGCUGCCUCAUUACCAAGACCACCCGCAGGAGUGACUCUGUAGGGGACUAUUUUGUCGGUCAACAGUUUACAAAGGGAAAAUGAAGGGACGCCUCUUCUUUCCGGAGAGUUAUCCCA